AUGUUCUCUGUCUCCCACUGUCGCUUGGCCCCAUCAGCAUUCUUGUUCCUUUUACUUCUGCUUUGCAGUUGUGGGGUUCACGCCGCGUACUCAGAGACGUUGGCGAUGUCUGCGCUGUACUUCUCAAAGGCCUCGUACUGCGAUGUUCCAUCUAUUGGCAACUGGAGCUGUGACUCCUGCGCUAUGCAUCCUUCGUUCCAGCUGACGAAGGUGUUUGAAAAUGCGACGGAAGGCGCAUUGGCGUACAUGGGUGUCAGCCAAGACCGCAUUGUGAUAAGUUUCCGUGGAUCCCAGAAUAUACCCAAUUGGAUAUCUAAUAUGGAGUUUAAGCAAAUAACAUAUCCGAAUGCCACAUGUGAGGGUUGCAGUGUGCAUCGUGGGUUUUACCAUUCCUUCUCAUCACUGCGUAAUGAGAUGUGGGAGGAGCUGCAGCGGCUGGUUGCCGAAUACCCCCGCCGCCCAGUCCUCAUCACCGGCCACAGUCUUGGCGGCGCCAUGGCGGUCCUCGCGGCGGCGGACUUCGCGGCGCAGGCGUACGCCAUCGGUGCGGGGCCGCAGUUCGAACUGUACACGUUCGGUGCCCCGCGCGUGGGGAACGAGGCGUUCACGGCGUGGAUGUCCGAACUGUUCUGCCGCCGUAAACACAAGACGUACCGCGUCACACACAAACGUGAUGUGGUGCCUCACCUUCCACCAAUAAGUUUUGGUUUUCAACACUCAGUACACGAGGUGUGG